AUGCGCCAAUGUCUCACCUCAGACGAAGGCGGCUACUAUACUUCCCGCGGGGUGCCUGGCAGCGAUGUAUUUGGAAGGGAGGGAGACUUUGUAACGUCACCGGAAAUAUCUCAGAUGUUUGGAGAGUUACUAGGGAUAUGGACGGUGACAGAAUGGAUGUCUCAGGGACGACGCAGUAGCGGAGUUCAAUUAAUGGAAGUUGGGCCCGGGAAGGGAACUUUGAUGGCGGAUGUCCUGCGCUCUAUACGGAAUUUCAAAGGGUUCGCGUCAAGCAUCGAGGGUAUAUACUUAAUAGAAGCCAGUCCAACGUUGCGAGAUAUUCAAAAGCAGACACUGUGCGGAAAUGCACCUAUGGAGGAAUGUGAGAUUGGUCACAAGAGCAUUAGCACGCAUCUUGGAGUGCCGGUUUACUGGGCUGAGCAUAUACGCUUGCUUCCAGAGACCAAGGACAAGGCACCGUUUAUAAUUGCCCAUGAAUUUUUUGAUGCCCUCCCGAUACACGCAUUCCAAUCUGUUCACUCUCCUCCGCCGGAGACAAUCAUCACCCCAACCGGACCAGCUACACUUCGCCAGCCUCCGCUACCUCUUAACGGAACACAAUGGAGAGAGCUAGUAGUAGCGGCGAAUCCCGAACCUCCACGCGAGUGUGAUAAAAGUGACAAAAAGCUCGAGUUCCGGCUAGCUCUUGCAAAGUCUCCCACCCCAGCUUCGCUCGUCAUGCCAGAAAUGUCACCCCGAUACAAGGCUCUUAAGGCCACCCGUGGAUCUACCAUCGAGAUCAGCCCGGAGAGCCACUCUUACGCACAAGAGUUUGCUCGACUUAUUGGAGGUGCCAACCCAACCGACAAAAAUGCUUCGCCUAGCCGUACCCCGGCUGGCGCGGCGUUGAUACUCGACUACGGCCCAUCGUCUACUAUUCCCGUUAACUCCCUGCGUGGCAUUAAAAAUCACCAGAUCGUGUCACCGUUUGCAACCCCGGGUCAGGUCGAUCUUAGUGCCGACGUGGAUUUCACUGCACUUGCCGAAGCAGCUCUUAAUGCCAGCCCUGGUGUUGAGGUGUAUGGACCAAAUGAGCAGGGUAGCUUUUUGCGCUCGUUGGGCAUUGCGGAGAGAGCGGCACAGCUACUGCGUAAUGUUAAAGAUGAAACAAAGCGUAAGCAAAUAGAGAGCUCAUGGCAGCGUUUGGUUGAGCGUGGUGGUGGGGGGAUGGGCAAAAUCUACAAAGCUAUGGCUAUUGUUCCAGAGAGCGGCGGGAAGAGACGACCUGUGGGAUUCGGUGGUGAAGUUCAUAUGUAG